UAGACAAACAGAGUAGCUAUUGUUAGCCGAGCAGCAGCCAGCAGGUUGUGUCAGAGUUUAUCCCACACUCGCCGCCACCUACCUGUUGAAUAUUCACACCAUUUAUUCACCCAGCGAGUGCCGAGCCACUGUCGAAGAACACAUCUAAGCUGUGGGACAGGUGAGGAAAAGGAAAAGUGUGUCGCGGAAGGAAGGAAGGAAGGCAUUUAGGAAAGCUCGGAGUAAAGAAGGAAGUAAAUAAGGACAACACGACCGUUGGGCUUGGAACUCAACAGGUUAGCUACUUCAAUGUUCUAGCAGCGGCUCGGACUUUACACUUCCAACGUCGAGAAACAAACAAACAACAGCAAAAGAUGCCAUUGGGACCAUGGAGGAAGAAAAACAGGUCGACGAAGGAGCAUUUGGUGGAAAACGAGGAGGUCGGCGGCGGACACGCAGGUGCAGGGAGCUUGGCUAAAUCCGCCGUGAACGGAGCGGGGCUGCCGCCUCCACCUGCCAACCUGCGGCCCAAACUGGUCUUCCACACGCAGCUGGCUCACGGAAGCCCCACCGGCAGGAUCGAGGGAUUCUCCAAUGUCAAGGAGUUGUACGCAAAAAUAGCAGAAGCGUUUAAUAUAAGCCCACCUGAGAUUCUGUUCUGCACCCUCAACACCCACAAGAUUGACAUGGACAAGCUGCUGGGGGGGCAGAUCGGACUGGAGGAUUUUAUUUUCGCCCACAUCAAAGGAAUCAAGAAAGAGGUGGAAGUUUAUAAAUCUGAAGAUGCUCUGGGCCUCACCAUCACAGACAACGGAGCGGGAUAUGCAUUCAUAAAGCGUAUCAAAGAGGGCAGUGUCGUGGACGGGGUGAAGGUGAUCUGUGUGGGUGACCACGUAGAGUGCAUUAACGGACAUAACAUCGUCGGGACGCGGCAUUAUGAGGUCGCCCGCAUGCUCAAAGAGCUGCCCAGAGACAAGUCCUUCACCCUCAAACUGGUGGAGCCGAUGAAGGCCUUUGAAAUGCUUGAGCCCAGGUCAAAGGGUGCCAAACCUACCGACAACAAGAUCGGCACAGGAAGGGGGACUCUGAGACUUCGCUCCAAGGGCCCAGCUACUGUAGAGGAGGAGCCAACUGAAUUUGAGGAGAAGGCAGUAAAAAAAGUGGACGACCUCCUUGAGAGCUACAUGGGCAUCAGAGACACUGAACUUGCUGCUACGAUGGUCGAGGUCGGCCGUGACAAGAAGAACCCUGAUGAAUUCGCCAUGGCAUUAGACGAAACCCUCGGAGACUUCGCCUUUCCUGAUGAAUUCGUCUUUGACGUCUGGGGGGCCAUCGGAGACGCCAAGCAGGGAAGAUUUUAAGUUUUGCUCCUGCCUCCCCUCAAACACACACACACACACAUACUGACACUCCCUCCUUCCCCAGCACACUUCUUAAUAUCCUCAGAAGCGAACUGGACAAACUUUAACCAGCACAAACGGGGGGGGGGUGGACAAAGUGUAAUUGUGUAGAAGUGAAACUAGCGUGUCAUCUUGUAGAGAUAUCCAUGAAAUGCAGUUUUCAACACUGAACCUGCCUCCUGCAUGAUGAAGACUUGGUGAUUGAUUCCAGAUGUUUAAAUCUUUUGCACACACCCCCACCCCCUGAGAGACAUCACUCUUAAAAGCUCAUGAUGCUCUUUUUGUCAGAGCAGCAAAUGUAGUCAUCAGUGGUCUAUUACACUGGUUAUGAAAUGGUAUGUGCACAUUUUCAAUCCUAAAACAAUCCCUCAGUUUUAAUCACACAUUACAGCUGUGUCAUUUUUAAUAAACAGAUGUAUCACACAGCUUUUUAUAGACUUUUUUAUAUGUGAAAAUGUUGCUGAUUUUAUAGCAGCAGCUGUGUAAUUAGUGUAAUUAUAGUAAUAAUAGCAAUAUCUCUCUCUAAAGCAACCUUUAUCUCCCUCCCAUCUUUUGAAAUGACCUCAGUGAAGAAAUGUCAGCGUUCUUUUACUUUGUAAUUUUCUUACAACUCUUCUCUGUGCCCUUAAACACACCUUAGCUUGAGCCCUUUGUCCACCUGUCAAGAGACUGAGCAACACAGAUAACAGAGGAUUUAUCUUUAAAUGCCUUUAGCCACGUUUGACGAUACAUUCCACCAACAUUCCUUAUGUUUCUCAUGUUGUUUUAGUCUGUCAGCAUUGUUAACACAUCAUGAAAUGAGGCUUAUUUAGAGUUGCACGCUUAUUUUUUUUCCUGUAUUUAUUUUAUCAUGAAAAAUCAAAUGCUGUAAGACAUUUUUACACUGAGACAUGGCUCUGUAUGGAAGAGUGUUCUUUCCUAAAUAAGCCAUUGUGAAGGCCGUGUCUGGAAUGGGAUCAAAUUGCAAUCCGAUGUCUUAAAUAAAUGCACUUGCAUUAAUGUAACUGCACUAUUUAAAAUCACUGUCAGACUGAAUUUAAAUAGUGACUUGAUUAGUGUCAUCCACUGAUGUUAACUGUUAUUGUUUGACAAACCAUAAGGGAUCACUAUUGUUGGAUAGACAAUAAAAUUUGAUAUACUGUUA